AAUAAAGGGCGGCUCCGCGCGGAGCGGCGCGGACAGCCGGCCUCAGACCGCGGACCUCGGCGCUCGGAGCCUCGCUCGCGGCUGAGCAGGAGCGGCGGCCCCCACCCCCGGGGCCCCGGACGCGCGGGACCAGGUGGUCAGCACUCGGUGGAAUCCGGUGUUCUCCGCAUCACCCAGGUCUGCAGGGACCCCAGUGCCACAGACCUCCUCCCUCUUCUCCAGGAGGGCGUCCUGCCAUGAGGGGGCGGGCCAGCUGAGCCCCUGGGGACCCUGGAAUUUGGCUGGAAGACCGUUCCUCUCCUCCCAUCAGGACGUAUCAGAGCGCUGACCUACGUGCUGUUGAGCACUUACUACACCGCGGUAAGCGUCGACUACACGGGCGGUUCUGUGAGUAGAGCUUCUGGGGAUCCGAAGAUGUUUGGCAGAGAUCCAGCCUUCACGGAGACGUCCGGAUGUUUGGAGAGACGAGACUGCUCUGCCAUGAGCGCCGCGCGCGCGUGCCGGCCGUCCUGGGACUUGGCCCUGGACCCACUGGUGUCCUGCAAGCUGUGUCUGGGGGAGUACCCCGUGGAGCAGAUGACGACCAUCUCCCAGUGCCAGUGCGUCUUCUGCACCCUGUGCCUGAAACAGUAUGUGGAGCUCUUGAUCAAAGAAGGAUUAGAAACUGCGAUUAGCUGUCCAGAUGCUGCCUGCCCCAAACAGGGCCACCUGCAGGAGAAUGAGAUUGAGUGCAUGGUGGCAGCUGAGAUUAUGCAAAGAUACAAAAAGCUACAGUUUGAAAGAGAGGUGCUCCUGGACCCCUGUCGGACUUGGUGCCCAGCGUCUACCUGCCAGGCGGUGUGCCAGCUCCAGGAGAUGGGGCUACACACCCCCCAGCUGGUCCAGUGCAAAGCCUGUGACACGGAGUUCUGCUCUGCCUGCAAAGCCAGCUGGCACCCUGGCCAGGGUUGCCCAGAGACCAUGCCCAUCACCUUCCUUCCCGGGGAGACCAGCUCCGCUUUCAAGCUGGACGAGGACGAUGCGCCCAUCAAGCGCUGCCCCAAGUGCAAAGUCUACAUCGAGCGGGACGAAGGCUGUGCCCAGAUGAUGUGUAAGAACUGCAAACACGCCUUCUGCUGGUACUGCCUCGAGUCCCUGGAUGACGACUUCCUCCUGAUCCAUUAUGAUAAAGGGCCCUGCAGGAACAAGCUGGGCCACUCCAGGGCGUCUGUCAUCUGGCAUCGGACACAGGUCGUGGGCAUCUUUGCCGGAUUUGGGCUCCUGCUCCUAGUGGCCUCCCCUUUCCUGCUCCUGGCCACUCCGUUUGUACUUUGCUGCAAGUGCAAGUGCAGUAAAGGUGACGAUGACCCUCUGCCCACCUAGAGAACGGCGCGAUGCUGGAGCAGGACCCCCGCCUGCGGGAAGCGUGGUUCCCCCACCCCACCCGGCUGUCCCCCUCUCACUAAACAUCUCUCUUGCCUUAUGUGCCCCAUUGAGCUUCACAGUGUCACGCCAGGACGCCGUGAUUCCAGGGACUGAUGUCAGGUCAUCGGCCGAGGCCCCAGGUGCGGUCACCCCCGGCAUGGGGGAGGCAAGGCUGGCGUGGGUGGGGCGCCUCACACAGGGUGGGUCUCCGCAGACUCGCCGAGGGAGGUGCUGUGCGGAGCGCCCCCUACCCCGGUGACGUUCUCCCCAUCCCGCUGGACCGGGACCCUCUGAUGUUGCCGAGGGGAUCAUCUCAAGCAGAGUGCAGUCUGUCUCCUCCCUGGCUUCAAGCUGGCGCCUCCUCGUGGCUGAGAGAAGUCCUUUAAGGAUCGCGUUUCACUUCAGACAGAAUCCGAGUGUUCUGACUUGAGAAAAGCAUUCUGUUUGGGACAACUCUUUUUAUUACUAAUGGCAUUUAGUAAAAUCCUUUUUAGAAGGCUUCCCCCCCUCCCCCAACCAAGUAGUGAAAAAUCAACAUGGUGCAUCGAAACCAUUGUAUGCCUUCUCUUGAGAUGUGCGAUUUUAAGAAGUUAUGGUUAAAUGGCCUUUCUGGCUCGGCCACUUUGCAGGAGAUUUAGGAGGCCUUGUGUACUCUUUGUGUCUUUUCUUGACGCUCAUGGAGACUUUUUGGAUUGCUGUGCUCUGUAUACUGUUAUCAGCGUGUUUCCCUUAUCACUGAGUUUCUUUUGAACAUACUGAUGCAUUUAAAGGAACAUCUCCACCCUAGGUUCGCCUUUCGUUUUUCUCUCUCUAGUGAUUCAGCUCGGCUCACAGGGCUCCUCUCAUGUCUUCAGAAACUGAAUGUUUUACUUGGUAAUAGUUUUAUUGAGAAUCCCUGUGGUUUGGCCACAGCGUCAGUCCCCUCAAGCAGACAAAGCCAAUGAAAUAGUGACCCUGAAGUCCAGGGGAAGGGCUUCCUGGCAGGGGACUGGGGGACAAGCUUCUGGAUGAAGGGCUUCCUGGCAGGGGGCUGGGGGACAAGCUUCUGGAUGUUCACAGUUUUUGACAUGACUGAGUUAUUCUGGAGAAAUCAUCUCUCUUACACAGUUCCAAGUCCCGCUGCUUACCCCUUUGCCCCUGCUGAAAAAAAUCUUCCGCUUCACUUAGUUGUUCUGAUUGAGGGGGUAUUACCACUCGGUCUUUUUACAGCUGUGUGUGACCGUGACCAGGGCAGGCGGAUGCCCAGAUCAAUAACACAUCCCGGGCUCCAUAAGUUAACUUUGGGCAACGUGUGCUUUACAGACAGUUGGCUUUACUGUGGCUUUUAAAGAGCACAUUGAUUUCAUCCAGCUUGGGACUUCUAAACAUAGUAGGUGAUUGUUGUGGAUUUAUCAUGGUGGAACUUUUUAAAACUUAUUGAGCAUUCCACGAAAGAGUAAAAUGAAAACGAAGUCUUUUAUCUCUGUCGUUUGCUUGUGUCAGGCACGUUGGUACAGCGUGGUGGUUUGUAUCCUUGAUGUCUGCGUUUGUGUAUCCAUCUCAGGUCCUCGAUUACCUUCUUGUAGAGAAAUGACUUUUAUUUGUUAACGUUUAAUCAGCUUAGGAGAAACAGGACCACUCUUGCCCUCUAGGAUUCAUUUUCUUUUUGAAACUGAAGCCAUUUUAGGGAGCCAGUCUGUGUCGAAAUUAUGUGCAAAACAGCCUCCAUAUAAUUGCAGUUUGAAAACUCACUAAGAAUGAGAACAUGCCCGAGGCCAUCUGCCUGGAUGAAGCCUGGGCCCUGAGUCUCUGUAGCUGGAGGUGCUGCUAUCAGGGUCAGGUCUGGACGUGGGGAAUGGCUUUUCUGGAGAGAGCGACAGCGCCCUGAGGCCUGAAGUUGAGCUUUAUGGCCCAGGCUUGAGAGCUCACUGUGAUUUGUGAAUGCCCUUUAAAGUUCUUAUGGAAGAUAGCAGGCUCGCGGCCCGUGUCCAGUGGCCCACGGGGCAGAGCUUCCCAUCCUAGAUCAUCCUGUCUGUACUUGCUGCUGCCCGUCAGGUCCAGGGGUCCAGGCGGUAGUGCCCCUUCCUUCGGGGUGGGGACCAGAGCUGUUGGAAACGCUGCCUUGCCUGGGCCAGCGCUCAGGUCCUUUCAUUCCUAGCAGGCGGGGCCGCCUGUUCUCAUGGGGGAGUCCACGGGUAGGUUGUGCACACGCGGAGCCCCUGCCAGCCCUGUGCCUUUAGCCCUGACAGUUCACCGCACAUGGUGCAACCCGGGUAGGACACACCGGGAUUCUGGGGCCCCCCGGGGCCUGAGUCACAUCUGCUUGCUCUGAGUUUUUACAUCAAGCCUGCCUGAGAGUGCUCGGUGUAAUUUAGGAAAAGCAAAAAUAAAGCUGCCUGUUCCCUAGAAAGACACCGGCAGGGUCGCCUUGAGAGCCUUUCGGAGACUUGCAGCAUUACCAUCUGAUGCCCCUCCUUUCAGCGAGGAGCGCCGUCCCUGUUGUUCAUGGGGACACAGGAUGGACCGGGCCUGAUGUCAGGUGUAUACAGGAUGUGGGGAGAUGGCCCGCGUUGUGGUUUCUGACCUUGCCGUCACUCCCAGGAAAGCCUGGGUGUUUGACACUGCAGAUGUGGCUUUAAUCGAAGAUGACCUUUGACAGGUGGUAUUCACACUGACCCUCUGGAAGCACACAUCUGUUGAUUCAUUUAGAGGCCUUUAAUUCUGGGGGGUUGGGGAGGGGAAGAAGAACAUGGAGAUGGACUGUGGCUGAGUGCCCCUGGCUGGGUGGGGGCGACGGAGGGUGUGGUGAUCAGAGUCCUUUGGGAAUGGAUGGUGCAGUGAGGUUUCACUGGCCAUGCCUGGGCUCUGAGCUGGGCUCCGCCCUGCGUCCUGUAGCCUGGCCAGCCCAGCUUCACCAUCGUCACCGGGGACCAGCGCCUUCAGGGGCGUCAUUAUAGAUGGUAACUCAGCAGAGACCGACCCAGGACCUGAGUGUAAAGAGAACCUUUGAAGGCCCGAAUGCUGGCCCAUCAGUGUUUCCUUCACCCCCGGGAGGAGCUAAGGAAUGAUGUCUGCCCCUCUGGAAUCUUUUUAAAGGGGAACAGAUUCUCUUUACAGCAUACUGUUUCUUAAAACCGGUUUAAGAACCAGACAAAUUCCUGAUGAGCACAUAGGACCCGGGGAAAGGGGCUUAUCAGAUAUGCAGAAAUUACUCCAAGAUGAUUUCAUCUUUCUCACCUGUGUUCCAAAAGUUAAAAGUUAUUUUGCAGAUUAGAAGAGAGUGUUUUCCCUUGGUUGUAUUUAAAAAUGAGAGUACUGAAAAGAACCAGGGUGGGCUUUUUUUUUUUUUUUGUCUAUUUCUCAGAUUCUCAUUGAUGAAUAAAUACCUGUCUAUGUAUAUAUAAAUCAUAGUGAAAUCAUCAAGGGAAAACAUUUUGCAUGUAUAAAGCUUCCUGAAGGUCUCUUUCAAAAAUACCAAAGGUUGUUUAUUCCUUAUCAUUAACCCAAGCCCUUAUGAAAGUAAACAAAAUGAAGAGUUGUGACGGGUGUUGUCAAAAUUGCCAGCUGGAAAGAAGGGGGUGCAUGAGAGCAGAAUGACUGAUGCGUCCUGACCCGGAGAGCCUGCUGUUUGGGGGCGCCAAGCCCAUGCUCGCCCCUCCUUAGUUUGCACAAUCCUGUCUUCCGAGAUUCCAGCAGCCUUCAGGGAGGGGUAGGUACCCGACCUUUCCCUUAUCUCAUUUUACCGUGGGUGUAUUCUACUCUUGUGUAAAAACAUGCAUGAAUGAGUCAUGCACAUGUAUACAUUAUGUAUUUGACAAGUGGUGGUAAAAACAAACAAACAAACAAAAAAAAACCAAAACAAGUUUGGUUUGUGUUUUUGAAAUGUCAGUACAUUUUGUGCCACUCACACUGUGAUGUAUAAAAGAGCUGUUUGAACGCCUUUUAAUGUCGUGUUUUGUACUUUGGAAUCAUAUAGACAAGUUUGAUUUGUAAUUUCAAUACAUAUUUUAAGUGUAUUGUGUCUUAUGUAGUUUGUCCCCCACCCCUUUAGAAGGGAUUUCUUUUUAAAGAUAUUUUGGCUGGAAUACAGGUUACUUUUGUAAA